UCAAGUACCAAAGUUUGACAGGUGUUCAGAAAAGCUGCAAUUCAUCGUAUUUCAGAUAUAAUUUUUUUGAAACUUUUGGUUUACAAACUUUGAUAUUCCAGAAAUUUAUUGCCAUAAAGUAGUAAAAACAUAAUAUAUUGCCCUGCGGAGUGUUCCAUAUCGUGGCAUUUCCUAGAAUGACAAAUAUGUUUGAAUGUCUUUUGAUAUUUACUCAUUAUAAAACAUUCUACAAAGUCAAUGAAAUUUCUUUCAUCCCCAAUUUACUAAAAACACAAUCAAGGUGAUGGAUGUCAUUGUUAGUGCUGUUACUGCUCACAUUAUCUAGUCUUUCUGAUUGCUAAAGAGUCUAAUAUGUCAUGUACAUUCUAUGGUAAACAUGAUGCAAAUUGUAUCUGUAAGAUAUAGCAAUUACAUUAGGAAAAUACUGGAUGAUCAAUCAAAGUGUUCACUACAAAAUAAUCACUGAAAUCUUACUCGUCUAAAUCGAGCAACUCAUUCAAAGGAAUUUAGUCUGCAAACCAACAUCAUUGAAAGCGAAAGAUAAACUGGUAGUCGGUGCCCUAGCAUUGUACGAUGUUAACAGGCGAGUGCGCCAACAUUUCGUCCACAAAAUGCAUUAUGAACGUAUUUGAUAAUUGAUAUUUGCUUUCUCAGCUGGAAUGACUUAUUCUCUUCGAUAUCCGUGAUAUGCUGAACAAUGCACAAGUGCUUCAAGCUGUGUUGCUGUGGAAAUAUCAAAAGUGAUAAUAAUAGCGGCAAUAGCGGUAUGGAAAAAAGCGCAGAUGGCCUGUUGUUUCAUACUGAGAGAAACAACGGAGCCGACGACAGCAUUAUGGGGGUCGUUGGGUUCGAUGAACGUGUGGCCAUUUUGGAUGCAGGUGCUCAAUAUGGGAAGGUGAUUGAUCGCAAAGUCCGUGAACUGAAUGUUCACAGCGAGAUACUUCCUCUCGACACACCUGCAUUCACCCUUAAGGAAAAAGGAUACAAAGCCAUCAUCAUUUCGGGAGGACCAAGUUCAGUCUAUGCCGAAGAUGCUCCCAGGUACGACGCAGAUAUCUUUCGGAUAGGAAUCCCUGUUCUGGGUAUUUGUUAUGGAAUGCAAAUGAUGAAUAAGGAAUUUGGAGGCACUGUUAUUAGAAAAGAGGGACGUGAAGAUGGCCAAUUCUCCAUCGAAGUGGACAGCAAGUGCCUUUUGUUCAAAGGACUGGAAAAGGAACAAAUGGUCUUGCUAACGCAUGGGGAUAGCAUAGACAGAGUUGCAGACUGUUUUCGUUCAACUGCUGUAUCUGCAAACUUCGUAGCUGGAAUUGCAAGCGAUAAAUUGAAUUUGUAUGGGGUGCAAUUUCAUCCUGAAGUGGAUUUGACCCCUAAUGGCAAAGCUAUGUUACGCAACUUUUUAUUUGGCAUUGCUGGUCUCACAGGCAACUUCACUCUUCAAAGUCGUGAGACCGAAUGCAUCCAGUAUAUAAAAAAUACUGUCGGCAAUAACAAGGUUUUGUUACUUGUGAGCGGUGGUGUUGAUUCAACGGUAUGUGCAGCUCUGCUACACAAAGCUUUGCGAAAGGAGCAGGUGAUCGCGUUGCAUAUCGAUAAUGGGUUCAUGAGGAAGGGUGAAACACCGUUUGUUGAGCAGAGUUUAGCUCAAUUGGGACUUAAAUUAAGAGUAGUAAAUGCCGGGCAUCGUUUUCUUCAGGGUACGACGGUAGUUCCAAUGGAUAACGCUAAUCUGACGAAUAGCAGUACUUCCAAUAAUAAAGUCAUAGUAGUACCAAGAACUAGAUUAACAAAGAUGUUAUGCGCCAACACACAUCCCGAAGAAAAGCGCAAAAUAAUAGGUGACGUUUUCGUGCGGGUCGCAAAUGAAGCUAUGAUGGAAAUGGGUCUCAAACCUGAAGAAGUUUUUCUAGGUCAAGGAACUCUCAGGCCUGAUCUCAUAGAAAGCGCUAGUAGUCUAGCAAGUGGUAAAGCAGACGCGAUAAAAACGCAUCACAAUGACAGUGAACUAGUAAGAGCUUUGAGAGCUCAAGGGCGUGUAGUUGAACCUCUAAAAGACUUUCACAAAGAUGAGGUUCGGCAGCUGGGAUGUGACUUAGGAUUACCAGCACCGCUUGUUACACGGCAUCCCUUUCCUGGCCCUGGACUCGCUAUAAGAAUUCUUUGUGCCGAUGAACCUUUUAUGGACAAAGAUUUCUCAGAAACACAGGUCAUCGUGAAAAUAAUGGCAGAAUACGAGCAAAAACUUCAGAAAAAACAUGCAUUGCUUAAUCGUGUAGAAGGAGCUACUUGUGAGGCUGAACGUCAGCAUUUGAGACGUGUUUCAAGUCGACAUCACAUUGCCGCAACUCUCUUACCUGUUCGUAGCGUCGGCGUACAGGGAGAUCGGCGGAGUUACAGCUACGUAGUUGGAUUAUCAGUGAAAGAAAGUAUCGGGGAAGCAGUGAACUGGGAAGAUAUGUUAUUCUUGGCAAGACUAAUUCCACGCGUUUGUCACAAUGUAAAUCGUGUUUGCUAUAUCUUUGGAGAACUAGUUCAUCAUCCUGUGACAGACAUUACCCCCACAUACCUCACAGCCAAUGUGAUCGCCACAUUACGACAGGCUGACCAUGUAGCAAAUCAAGUUUUGGCUUCUAAUGGAUGCUUGAGUGCGAUUAGUCAAAUGCCUGUUGUUCUCAUCCCGGUACAUUUCGAUCGAGAUAUUGCGCUUCGAGCACCAUCGUGCCAGCGUUCCAUUGUCUUGAGGCCAUUCUGUUCGAGUGAUUUUAUGACCGGAACUCCAGCAAUCCCUGGUACUGAUUUGCCCGUGCAUGUGGUGAAUAAGAUGGUGACAGAGAUAUUAAACGUGCCUGGCAUUUCUCGAGUUCUUUACGAUUUGACGUCUAAACCGCCAGGUACAACCGAGUGGGAGUAGCAAUGUUGUUCAGCCCUGAUCUACCCCUUUCUAUUUUUUCACCACCCUUGCGCGUAACAACAACAAACAAAAAAAGUAAAAGCUAUAUUUAAAAAAUAUAUAUAUUACAAAAACAUA